CGGCUGAAUGGAUGAAUGAACUCGAUGGUCCAGACGGUCUUCGCAAAUCAUAUACCAAAUCGCGGACGCGACACGAGAAUUCAUCAACUGUCCGCAGGAAGCCAGCAUAAUUAGAGAGCAUAUCACAAAGAAAAUCGUCUUUUUGCCUGCACUAUAAUAACCGCGAAACGAUGGCCGACGUUGAGAUGCACGACGGCGACGCUUCGCCACGCGCCGACAGCCCAGAAGCCUCUGGCAACGCGUCCAAGGUCAGCGAUAUGCAGACGCACGCGAAGGCCACAGCCGUGCGCUCCAUAGAGGGUUGGAUCAUCAUGGUGACCAACGUCCACGAGGAGGCAGACGAGGAAGCGAUACAUGACAAGUUUGGCGACUUUGGCGAGAUCAAGAACCUGCACCUGAACCUUGACCGGAGGAGUGGUUAUGUCAAGGGUUACGCUUUGAUCGAGUAUCCCACUCUCGCUGAGGCUCGUGCUGCCAUCGACGGAGCCCAUGAAAGCAAGCUGCUCGAUCAGACGGUCUACGUAGACUUUGCGUUUGUCCGGCCGCCGCCGAACAAGGGUGGCGCGGGUGGUCGUGGCACCGGAUGUGGUGCGCCUCGUGGAAGGGGACGCGGGAGAAGCCGCAGUCGCAGCCCUGCCAAGAAUGGCGACUAGUUCCCCAGGUAUUCUUUAUUAUAGAUUUGGGGUGAUCAAUGAGCUUUUUUGGGGGCACGAAUGGGCAUCAAGAGACUGCCUUUCAGCCAAGUCCGGCAUACUGCCAUCGUGCCUAAUCCUGGCACGCUAGCUUGUCUGCCUAUUUCUUCCCAAGCUGGGGAAGAGAGCAUGUCGACAUGUCAACCCUCGGAGUAAAGUGGUGCCGCUCAAGGUGCGGCGGCAGAGCCCUAGAUACAUGGACAUGUCGGCAUCCCGUCCCGGCCACUAAAAGGCUCCGUCUACUAGAGAAACAACAGAAUGACGAAAUAUUCAUUGGAAAAAGAAAAAAAAGAAGACAAAAGUCCGGCUUCGAGCUAUCAAACUAUGCCCCCCAACCCGACGAUGUCAUGCAAAUAACUGAGCGCCUUUCUGUAUGUAACACUUUUAGCUGAAGGCGAUGCUAAUCAAUUUCGACCUCCACUUUUCACCCGCAAGAAACUGGAGCAACACGCUGUGAAGUGAAGGCCCCUAUUGACUUGAGUAUGAC